AUGGGGAAGCAGUUGCCGAGCAAGAAGCCUUCCGCCAUCUUUCCUUGUGCGAAGAAGGGGAAGACCAGGCUCCUUCUCAAGACCAACUUGACCAAGAAGCCCGUCGGCCAAAGCUCCCAGACCAAACUGUGGCAGAAGGUCCCCUACGUUCGCGACGGCUGCGUGCUCCGCAUGGACCGCAUGAAAUGGAAGCGAAAUCUAAAGGAUUUGCUCAACGCGGACGAGGAUCGCAUGGUGAAGAUCCUUACCGAAGAUGGAUUCUUGCCAGAUUGGAGCAAGAUGAAAUGCCCGUUCUGCAACAAGAGUGCAGUGUCCACGCUCCAGAAGCGCGAUGGGCUUCCACCGCGGUACCGGUGCCGCAACAGGAACUGCCACAAGUUCAUCUUGCCACAUCAUCUUCAUCCCGUGUUCACUUCCGCCAAAGGGUCAGAAGGACACUCUCUUGCCGUGCAAGGCUGUGCUCUACUCCUGCGGCUUGCCGGCGUCCCGCUUUCCAGCAUCCACAUUCUGCUGGAUAUGAACCACAAGGCCAUCGAACGUAUUGAGAAGGGCCUAGCCUUCACCCGUAAGGCAUACGUCGAAGCUCACCAGAGGUCUAUGACCUUUGGAAACCCGAAGGGCAAGAAGUGGACGGAGGUAGAGGCAGACGAGGCAGUGUUCGACAAAAUGCUUGUUCCAGCAGAAGAUUCGCCUGUGCGAGGCAGCAAGAUCAAAUGGGAGCAGUGGCUCGGCAUGGUCGUCCGCGGCAAGCCGUCGUCGUUGGUCUUGCUCCGAUUGCCCUGCGUGAGCACACGCAAGAGAGCGCCAGGCCCGGGCGCCAUCAAGAAAGUGCAUUGGACGAAGAUCGCCAAUACCUGGCUCAAGGGCCGCAACAUCAUACUCCACACCGAUAGCGCUCGGAGUUACAAGGCCAAGGUGGCAGGAGUUCUCCAUGACGCCGUGGUCCAUCAGAAGAAGCGUGUGUGGAAAGGUGGGAAAUGGAUUUGGAAGCCUCCUACCUUUGUGCGCCUCGCCAAGCACAGACUCCCUGAUGGCCGCAAGCUCACUUUGAAAGCAGGAACUCAGGUGGUGGAUCGUGCGUGGCGGUUCAUCAAAGAUCGCCUCAAGAUUAACCAGAACGUGAAAUGCAAUUCCACCCUUCUGCAGGCGAAGAUACGCUCCGCUCAAUUUGAGUAUUGGCAGAGAGGCAAGGAUGCUUGGGCCAGCACCGGGGAGCUCUUCACAUGGUACAUGAGCAACAUCACGGAGAAGUUCUGA